ACAUUCCUCUUUUCCUUUCAUCAUCCGACUUUCCAUCCCCUUUUCAUCUUUCCUCUCCUAACUUUAUCCUGUGUGUCUUCUGUGUGUUAUUAGAUCCGUUCUCCUUAUUCUUAGUCCCCGUGCUCUCCUGUCUUGCCUAUACUGUAUUGUUCCGUCGACCCGUGCGUGACUUGAUCGGAUUUACUAGUAUACUAUCUGCAUUGCUUAUCCUUCCCUUCUUCCGCCUGUAUCCUAUUUUCUCCCUCGACGCUUCUCUUCAGAUCCUAUUAUAUCCAAAAAAACAUGCCUUAUAAUACUCGCCGCAAGUCACUGUCGCUUCCCUCGUUGGGGAUUCACCUUCCGAAUUCGUCCCGCCGCUCUCCGUCUACCUCGAAAUCGCCUCACGCGACUGACGACCAGCUGCCUCCGUCCAAGAAAGUAAAACGGUCGCAUGAUGCCUCGUUAUCGCCAGAGCCUUCAACCGCCGCUGCGCGCGCCACUGAUAACAAGGACCGGCUGACUCCAGCCCGUUCUUCUGGCCGGCGCGGCACCCUGGAGCAUACGCCACCUCCCUCUCCCAUCGAUGGCACGGUCGGCCCCAAGAUCGACACAGAAGGUAUAAAUGACGAUAUCGUGGUUGGUGUCAUUCAACAGCUUGAGAAGACUGGAAAUCGUCCUCACCUGGUUAAAGAAUUGGCUGCCGUUCUAAUUGCGCUCAAUGAAAAUGUCGCAAACUCUGCCAACCCCGCUGCUCUGCUGUCCUCACGCCUCAGUGCGUACAUGAAGCGCUCCUGGACCGCACUGGCCCCCUGUCCCCUGGCCAAGGAAUUAAUUCCCAUUCACCCGCGCAAGGUGUACUACUUUCUGACAACGCGCCCCCGUCAAGCUAUUCCGGAGAACUCGGACGAUGUUAUCAUCCCCGGUGUGGAAGGAAAGGACUUGACGCCUAGUGUGACAAGCAUUGAUAUGGACGAGGAAGACGCGUUGGCUCGGGAGCGGUCACGCCUUAGCCCUAGCCCCGAAGUCGAUUUGUCUUCCCCCGACUUUGACGAAGAGAACAUCGACUUGGAUGGCCGCUCGGGGUCUGCUUCCGCCUCCCGGUCGAGUACCGAGUUUGGAGAUCACCACACUCGCCUAAUGCACUCGAAUCGGGCUGCAUCCCCUCCUUUGGAAGGUGAUGAGAAGGAGUUUACACAAACAGCAAGCGCCGUGCGCGAGCGGGCAUCCGAACAAAAAGAAGCACAGCAGCAGCCCUCGACUACGCAUUUUUCCGCGCUAUCGGAAGGUCUCAAUGAGCUACACGAAGAUAGCAUGAUGAUUUGUGGCACUCCUGUGGACGACAGCCGCCUCUCAUUCAAUGAAGACCGCAUGGCCGAUGAGCCUACACACGACUACUUCUCUCGUGGCGGUCUCUCCGAACUUUCCCCUCUCCAGGGUCACCUCCAACAGCAGGAUCUCGACGAGGCGGCCGUGGCGGCUCUGUUCGGUACUUCUCCCUCCCCUUCUCUCACGUCAGUGGCCUCAUCCAUCUCGUCUGGCACGAGUGUGGCUUCGGAUGACGGACUGGAUGGCGAGUCUCAGUCAGAAGCGAUUGGGCGCGCCCCACAAAUCAGUCUACCCGAAGACCCCACCGUACCCUCUGUAUCAGCACUGAAGCGUCCCAUCGACAUGUUGAACAGUGAGAUACCCGAUCUGGACAUGAAAAUGGCAGAUUUGGUUGAGAACGAAGACAAGGUUUCGCUGGGAGCCCGCCCGCUUCCCCACUCGGAACGGGCGAUGGUCUUCGACUCGUGGCGAGAGCUACAAAGUCCGGAGACAGUUGACGUGCAUGAGCUCGACGAGAUGUUUGAUGAUUUUUAGAACCCCUGUGACGACAGACUGCAGGGCCUUCCUCUCUCCACUCCAUCAUGACACUGGUUGGUCUUGACUGAUCAGCCCUCAACAAUUUCUCUUGCAACCCGUUUGAGAUAACCCUGUAUAUUUUUAUCCCUCUAAUGCGUGUUCGCGGCACUUGCCUUAUCCGUUUUUGAUCCCCUUGGCGACGGCCGAUACGCCCGCUCCUCCUGUACAUAUACCACCAUUCCUACUACACCUCUUUCCCGCCCUCCCCCUUUCUUAC